CCGAACGCACAAAACUAAUACAUCACUUCCGCGAUGAACUUCCGUUCAUUGGUCUUAUUCAAUCACAACAAACAUGGCGACUUUCGGACAGGUCGGCAGGUUGUUCGGUAUUUCAGCAAGACUUUCACGUCCUGGAUAUCAGUGUGCCACUUCAAAUUGGCCUUCACAGAACACAGGAUUCUCACACAGAUGGCCACAAAACCCCCUUUGGGUUGUUCCUGGAAGGACAAUGUUUGUGCAGACUCAGGACACACCAAAUCCAAACAGCUUAAAGUUUCUGCCUGGUCGCACGGUGCUUGAAUCAGGAACUAUGGACUUUGCUGGCCCUCGUGAUGCACACUGCUCGCCCUUAGCCAGACAGCUGUUUAGAAUUGAUGGAGUCAAGAGUGUCUUCCUUGGCCCGGAUUUUAUAACCAUAUCAAAGGCUGAUGAUAGUAUGGAGUGGAGGCUAAUCAAGCCUGAUGUGUUUGCUGCCAUCAUGGACUUUUUCACCACAGGUCUUCCUGUUGUAAACGAAGACAGCCAACCUAGUGCAGAUACAGCACCUUCUGAUGAUGACGAUGAAGUUGUUGCCAUGAUCAAAGAGCUGCUGGACACCAGAAUAAGGCCUACUGUACAGGAGGAUGGAGGGGAUGUUUUGUAUCGGGGGUUUGAGGAUGGCAUUGUUAAACUAAAGCUGCAGGGCUCUUGCACAAGUUGUCCCAGUUCUAUUAUUACUUUGAAGAGUGGAAUCCAAAACAUGCUGCAGUUCUACGUCCCUGAGGUUGAAUCAGUGGAGCAGGUGAAGGACGAGGAUGAGGAGGAGUCGGCACAAGCUUGAGCCCCAACCAGCAGAACAUUUACACAUUCCUCCCCUCCUCUGCCACUUCCUUUGAUAACAUAGUUUCAUUUGAGCAGCUAAAGCAUAGCUGUGUGAAACAACAUCUCAUCAUCAAUCAUCUGGAUGUUAUCAGUGAAGUUGAAUAUACUCUCUGUACAAUAUUUUAGGGUUUAGAACAAAAAGAGCCCUGUAAUAGAAACUAAAGACUGUUGAACUGAAAUAAAUCAUAUUUAUUAUUUCA